AUGGGAGGCUAUUACCACUUGAUCCACGUCUUGCUCGUCUACGUUCUGCUGCUCCACAUGCAUGGCAGCCACUCUCUGAACCAGCAGACAUGCAACCCCACUGACCUGGAGGCACUUCUUGCCUUCUACGAUGGCUUGGAUAGCAAGGGCAUCGGUCUCGUCGGUUGGGGUCCCAACGACACCACAUGCUGUUCCUGGACCGGCAUCUCCUGUCAUCUUGGGAGGGUGGUCGGGCUGGAUCUCUCCAACAAGAGCCUUAAUGGUGGCAUCUCCUCCAUGGUCACCUUGCUCGAUGGCCUUGUGACGCUCAACCUCUCCGGAAACUCGCUCCGUGGCCAGCCACCGGAGGGGCUUGGCCGGCUAACGAGGCUGCAAAUGCUCGACCUCAGCAUGAACAUGUUCUCGGGCGCAUUCCCCAGCGACCUGUACUCACUAUCAGAGUUGAAGAGCCUGAGCUUACGGGGAAAUCAGCUGUCUGGUAGUCUUGCAGAGGACCUGGGUAACUUCUCUCAGCUUGUGUAUAUUGAUCUGUCAUUUAACAUGUUCGCUGGUGUCAUCCCUGAUAUUUUGGGGGGUUUGAGGAGUCUGGAGUUCUUAAACUUGGCCUCAAAUUCGUUCAAUGGCACAUUGCCUGCUUCCCUGUCGAGCUGCUCAAUGCUCAGGGUUAUCAACCUAAGGAACAACUCGCUGUCCGGUGAGAUUUCCAUUGACUUCAAAUUACUGCCAAAGUUGAAGACGCUGAACUUUGGAAGCAACAAGUUUGAGGGGGAGAUACCAGAGAGUUUCAAGUAUUUGCGAUCCCUGCUGCACUUCUCUAUUUCUGUAAAUAGCUUCACCAACCUGUCAUCAGCGUUGCGAGUCUUGCAGCACUUGCCCAACCUGACAAGUUUGGUGCUUACCAAGAACUUCCGUGGUGGCGAGACAAUGCCAACGGCCGGCAUCAGUGGGUUCAAGCGCUUGCAGCUGCUUGCCCUGUCAAACUGUGCACUCACAGGAAUCGUUCCGCCUUGGAUGCAGAGCUUGGAGAUCCUCAAAUUCCUGGACGUUUCAUGGAACAAGUUGAACGGAAAGAUCCCACCAUGGUUAGGCGAUCUGAAUAAUCUCUUCUACGUCGACCUGUCAAACAGCUUGUUUGGUGGGGAGCUUCCUGAGAGCUUUACACGGAUGAAGAGCUUAAUUUCAAGUAGUGGCUCGAGCGGGAGUGAUUCCUUGGAGGACUUCCCGUUGCUCCUCAAGAAGAAUUCAGCUGACAAAGGUUCGCAGUACAACCAUCUUAGCAGCUUCGCGCCGUCGCUCAUCCUCUCCAAUAACUUGCUUGUUGGGCCAGUCUUGCCUGGCCUUGGCCAUCUUGUGAAUCUUCAUGUACUGGACUUGAGCUGGAACAAUUUCUCAGGAGGCAUUCCUGACGAGCUUUCAAACAUGCUGAGCCUGGAAGCGUUAACUUUUUCCCACAAUGGCCUCGGUGGGUGCAUACCAGCAUCUCUAACAAAGUUGACAUUUCUGUCCAAGUUUGAUGUCUCUUACAACAACUUGGCUGGAGAUAUACCAACAGGGGACCAAUUUUCCACAUUCGGGAAUGAGAAUUUUGCGGGCAAUUUUGCACUCUGCCUUCUUCGGAAUGGCUCCUCCUGCUCUGCAAAGGCUCCAUUUAUGGGAACAGGAAACGAAAAUCGUCAUGAUGCUGCGAUGAUAUACAUCUCCGUGGAAGCGGGUUUCACUCUCGGGCUUCUGACCGUCUGGAACGUACUGUUCUUCGCAAGGGCUUGGAGGGCUGCGUAUUUUUUGGCGGUCGACAGGCUGUUUGAUAAGCUCUAUGUAAUGACAAUGGUGAAGGCGAACAAGCUCAGAAAAAAAUGGGAGGAUAAAGAGCGUCCUUAG